AAUUUUUAUUGUUUUUAUAAAAAACGAAAAUUAAUUAAAAUGUUUAAUUGUAAACAUCAAAUUCGAAUAAUAUUAAAGUUUGGAGCAAACAGUCAAGCUUAGCAAGUAGCACUGAACCAUCUUCACCGGCAGUAUCCGAUAGUUACUCGCAUGGAACCCCAAGCGGAGAAAUGUCUAUCAGUUUGACUAGCACCGAAGGCUUUAAUAUAUUACCCGCGGCUGAAGAGUUGGCGAAAUUCUUUCCACAGUUAGACGACGACUUAAAUUCGGUUACCGUCUAUACACCUAUGAAUGCAGAUACAUUGGAUGUUGAUGCUGAUUCAGUGUUCCUAUCAAGUAGCAGCGGCAGAGGUGAUAAAAGUGCUUGCCUUACGCCAGUUAGCUUCGGCAUGGAUAUCAGUAUGAUAGCAAACAAAGGUUCCAUGACACUGUCAGUUGAUGGUUUCGACGAUGAAGAUGAGACCACAUUAUCAGCUGCCACUACGCCUUCAUUACCCACGGAUGACAUUAAAUUGGAAACUUGUUACUGCUGUCCCACACAUGCUGAGCAAGGACAGCCCCCAGAUUGUGAAUUUGAUAAUGAUAUAUUUAAAUUACCAGAACCAUUAAAAAUUCCAGAAACAAAAAUCAUUAGUUCCUCCCCAGAUAAAUAUGAUCCACCACCGACACUGACUUUGCAUGAUGACACUGAAAACAGUCUAAGUCAUAAUGCACAUAAAAUUUCCAUACGCAAAGCAAGUGAUCCCGUUUCACCGAGAAUACAAAAGCAAAUAAGUCUCUUUGAGAGCGGUGACUUUGAGCGUCAGAAAGAAAUCUCCACAUUACAUGCUUCUAUAAAUAUACCAGCUUCAACACAACAACUCAAACAAGAUGAACGUUUGCGUAAAUUUGAGAAUCUAACGCAAUCCACUUCAAAUUCCAAUUUUCCUUUUGAGAGUAACACCUUAAAGAGAGUCACUCAUAAUGCUGCCGACUUUGUCGAUGUUACACAUACACAAUCGUGCAUAAAUUUAAAGAGUUCUUUGGGUGCCUCACCGUCUUCGUCUGUGUCAGGUUCGCCGCAACAUAAAAGCAAAUAUAAAACAGUAGCUCAAUCCUGUUGCAUAGUGACUACAGAUGCAGCAUCCGAACACUCACAUCCAGGUGCGAUUGUUGUUAAGGAAAAAUUUAUAGAACCUCCAAAGCGCAUAGCGCGUGGUUUUCAUGAAAAAACACAAUCGAUGGAUGCAGAUUUUUUAUUUAAUGAAUUUCUUCUGGUGCCGGCACGUUCUGCAGUUCCACUUCCACAUUCGUCCAGUAGCGGUACGAGUAGUGCUAGCACAUCACCAUCAUCGCGACCAAAUUCCAGAUUUAUAGCUACUAAAGUAGUUGACGAUAUGGCCGUAUUGGGCAGUAAAUAAAUAGAUAAAUUGUCUUUAAGAUGACACAAAAUAUGAAAUAUC